UGGACUUCUGGAGUUGGUGCGGUCCCCACUGCCGUCUCCUUGGUCGCUGUGUUCCCGGUCCCUGGGAGAUGGAGAACGGAACCGUGUACAGCCCCACCACGGAGGACAAUCCGGGCUCUGCCAGCGGCGUCAGGAGCCGCAUCGCCGCCUGCCUCAGUAUGCGCCGGCUCAAGUGGCCUCAGCGCGUGCUCAAACUUUUUCAGCUGGUGCUGUCUCUGCUGGCCUUUAUCUGUGAAGAAGUUGUAUCACAAUGCACCUUGUGCGGAGGACUUUAUUUUUUUGAAUUUAUAAGCAGCAGUGCCUUUCUCCUGAGUCUCCUUAUACUGAUAGUGUACUGCACUCCAGUUUAUGACAAAGUUGAUGCUGAAAAAGUCAGGUCAUCGGAUUUUUACAUUACUGUGGGGAUUGGGUCUCUGUUUUUGUUGGCAUCCAUCGUUUUUGUUUCCAUGCAUGACCGGACCUCAGCUGAAAUUGCUGCAACUGUGUUUGGAUUUUUCGCAAGUGCUGCGUUCCUGGCUGACGGCCUUUUUAUGAAGCUCUGGGGAAAACGACACCUGUCCCAGAUGAGAAAAACUGAGACUGCCACCAGUGAACCACUUAACUCUGCAAGAGAGUAGGGAGCAGGCGUAAUGUAUGGUAGCGACUGCGUGGUCCCUGAGCCUGGGCAGAAACAAUUGCACAAUCUAGAUGUGCGAUUGCUAAACCACUUCUUCUGAAGAGCAAGGGGAAGGGCCUGAAGGCAGUUUUAUCAAUAUUGGACAGCGUGUCAGUUGCCACAGAUGGGGCCAGUGGGGUUUGUCUGUCUGGUUGUUUUUUUAUAACAUUUGAAACUUGUGUCAGUGAAGUUUAUUUUUUGUCAUUUGGAGGUGAGGGCAGUUGUUUCUUUAAGGCACAGCUCGAUGGCUGAUAAAUUAUUUUGUCAUUGUUACUAGGCUUAGCUUUCAAAUUAGCCUUACAGCGUGCUUAAGUUUGUGCAUUUAGACAUUGUUUCAUUUUGUAAGUUAAUGUACUUAGCUAUGAGUUUGUUUUUUGAUGAUUAGAUAAAAUGUAAUGUGUAUUUAAAUUUUUAAAUUCAAUAUUUAAAAUGUUGGUUUAGGUUUUUUCCUUAAAAUGUAAUCCCCAGGCUUUACUGUAUCUCCCUCAGCCUUAAGAUUAUGUUGCAAUCAGAUAACUGUUAUUGACUCUUUUGUAGCCUAACAGAGAAUGUGUGGGAGAUGCUGGUAUUUUACGUGUGUAAAAGCAACAUCAGCACCCCAGCAUUUACACUGCACUUUGGUGGUGGUUAAUACCAAGUAAAGAAAAAAAAAUUUUUUUUAUGUAACAUAGAAAAAUGGAAAAAAACUGUUAUUUCACCUAAGGACCAAAGAUAGACUUUUUUGUGCAAUACAGUGAAAUUAUAAAAGCAGGCUCUGACCGCUUACCAAAUGUCUGAAGAGGUGAGUUCAUACUGUAAGAAAGUGGUUCGUUCUAUUGGCACGUGAUUAUUUCUACUGAGAUGGAUCCAGCUCUGCAGGUCUUCAGUGUGUCCUUUGGAGCCAGCCUUCUUUUGAGAACCCCAGCCUUUGACUUUUCAUCCGUUUGAUAUGCUUGCUUUUCUGUCCCCUUACCCCAAUGGUCCGUAUAAUACUGUGGCUUUGCCAGGCAGAGGCGGACUUCCGGCUCUGACUCUUUCUUGGUGGCGGUUGUCUUUCGGUGGUCCAGAAUCCUGGGCCCUCCUGAUUGCACAGAGCACCAGCAGGCAUUCGGGGGUUUUGUUCCCACAGAACGAUGCCUUUAGAGGAGACCUUCUUAAGGAAGCGAAUGUCUAGAAAUCCUGCCCAGGUUAAUACUGCUGUGGCGUAAGGAGUAGUCAGACCAUUCUUGAGAGACACUUCACAACCAGUUCUGACAGUUUGGAAGAACUGUCUGUUGUUGGCAGGCCAUGGUUUACAGAAUACACCUUUCUUGUCCUCCUCCUAGAUUUCUGACUCAAAACUUUGCCGUUAAGGUGAGGAGCCCACGCGUCAGGUCCCGCAGGAGUUUGGUGGGGGGCUCCCCGGGAAGGCGUGCGGGGCUGGCUGGCUGAAAAAGUGGAGUCUUGUUUCCAGUGAGGCAGUUUAAUGACCCCAUCAUUUUUUAACUUCUUAUCUCCCUCUUGUGUCUUAAAGAUUGGUUUCAGCCGCGUAAAUGUGGCUAAUGUGAUUCUCAAAAAUUGGUCAUUAGGGCCAGACACAGCUUCUGCUCUGUCCGAGUGACUCGGGACCUUAUCUAUUUGUAUCAGAGUUUGGAUGCUGGCGCCAGUGGCAAGGUCAUCAUUACCUGCUUGGGAGAUAACGAAGCCAGGCACGAUGCUGUGGUGACCGAGCGUGCCAUCUAAGAGAGGAGAACUAGCUUGAGUCUUGGGUUCAAGAAUAAAGACUGGUUCAAAAGACCUGCUAGCUUACAGUAGACAAGUUCUGGAACUUCCCAUCAAACUACUGCACUAUUGCCAUUUUAAAUAUCAUCUGGACCCAGCUGGGAUUCACAGCAAACCAUCCGGACUACCUCAGGGUCCCCACCUGUGCGUUGGGUUUAGCUGAGUGUGCGGGCCGUGUCCUCAGCAGCCUCACACCCGCAGCCGGCAUUGAGCUGACGUUCUGGUGGUUCGGAGGUUUUACUUCCAUGUAUUUCCUUGGCGUAGGGCUACUGAUCCUUGCCUUUUCGGAAAGGUAAUACAUUCACUGGUAUUUUGGUCACUCUAGAACUUUUUUUCACAUUGUUUUUUAGGGGACCCAUGACCAAUUAGCCUCCCUCUUCUAUUGUCGAAGAAAUUAGGAGUUAAAAGCCCGUUGUGGUAAAUAAGGAGUUCAAGGAGAACUUGAGACCAAAACCACUGUUUUGUACAGGAAAGGACAGACUCAGUAAACUCAAAUUUAAAAUAAUGUUUAUUAACACAUAUGAUAAAUUUAGUUUGUUACAUUUUAUACAAAUAAACGGUUUAGAAAGGUUUUGAAAAAUUAUAAGGGAAAUGCAUCUACAGUAUAAAAAUUUUGUAAUUGCUAUAAUUAAAUUAUGUUUGUUUUGGGGACUGGGGAAUGUAUUUUUACAUUGUUUAUAGCCAAUCAUUUUUGUAUUUAUCGACUGAAAUCCUGUGGUUCUUUUUUAUCUCUCUCCAUGUCAAGUUUUAUGGUCGUCUUUUUAAAUAAA